ACAGCAUAAUGCCUAGUCAUUUCCCACUGGACUUGUCUUUCUUCUUUCUUAUUCUUUAAAGACAUGAGUUAUGAGGUCGCUCGCAUUCUUCUUGCCUAUAAAGAACCUCUUGCAAUUACAAGACUCAUCAAUCAAUCGACAACAAACACCAAAAUGACUAGUCUAAUUAAAGCAUUAAUCACAUUGCUGCAGCUGUCAUGUCUUUACAUUGCCAUGUCCGAUGCUCAGCUUCAGGUGGGUUUCUACCAAUCCUCGUGCAGCAUUGCCGAGUUCGUCGUGAAGCAACAAGUUCAAAACGCCUUCUUCAGAGACCGCGGUGUGGCUGCUGGGCUCGUCCGAAUGCAUUUCCACGACUGCUUCGUUAGGGGCUGUGAUGGGUCGGUUCUGAUAGACUCCACCCCGACGAACCAAGCAGAGAAGGACGCGCCGGCAAACAACCCCAGCCUCCGAGGCUUUGAAGUCAUCGACAAUGCCAAAGCCAGCCUCGAAACGAUCUGUAAAGGCGUAGUCUCUUGCGCUGACAUACUCGCCUUUGCUGCUAGAGAUAGCGUCGAGAUUACGGGAGGAUUUGGCUACGACGUCCCUGCUGGAAGGAGGGACGGAAGAAUAUCGAUAGCAUCCGAGGCAUCGUCGAACCUCCCGCCCCCUUUCUUCAACGUGGAUCAACUCACGCGGGCAUUUUUGAACAAGGGCUUGAGUCAAGAAGAAAUGGUCACCCUGUCGGGAGCACACACCCUGGGGAGGUCUCACUGUACUUCAUUCAGCAACAGGCUGUAUAACUUCAGCGGGAGCAACCUGCCCGACCCGACUUUGGAUCCCUCGUACGUCGCCGUCUUGAAGCAGCAAUGCCCGCAGGGAGGGAAUCCGAAUCUUGUCGUGCCCAUGGAUCCAUUCAGCCCGGCUGUCACCGAUGUCGGAUAUUACAGGGAUGUCCUGGCGAAUAGGGCCCUGUUCACCUCGGACCAAACGCUGCUGACAAAUGGACAAACGCUGUCUCAGGUCGUGCAGAACGCACAGAACCCGUUCAUCUGGGGUCGCAAAUUCGCUGAUGCAAUGGUGAAAAUGGGAACAAUCGGCGUGUUAACUGGUACUGCAGGGGAGAUUCGGGGAGACUGUAGAGUUAUCAACAGCUGAAGAAGCAGAAGUCGUUAAAUAGAUUCACCGUGCUUUCAUUAUGCAAUGAAAAACAGUCUGUCAUCUUGUCGAAAUAAAAAAUAAAAAAUAAAAAAAAAAAAAAAACCAUGAUUUUCUAGAACAUAAA